AUCCUGCAACGUAAUUAGUUGCGCUAUACCCGUCCGCAUCACACCCAACCCUCACCUUCUCUUCCCUCCAACAAAAUCAUUAAUUUCUCGAAGAUCUGCACAACAAAAAUUGCUUUUUUUCCUCACUGAACAAAGCGAUGACCGACCCCAUCGGACUAUCAACGUCAACGAUUCCGAAUCCAAGUCCGACCACUCUUCUCCACCCGCGACGCGAGCCUUUCGAGCACGGCCUCCUACCAAUGCAGAAGCUCAUAUUCACUGACCCACUCCAGGCCCUAACCUCUCUGAAGCAAAAGCUCGUAUCAUCCUCCAUUCAACGAGUCGACUCGGCGGCCCUCGCUGACUCCCUCCAGAUCUCUUUGGACCAUGCACGUCUCGUCCUCGACACUCUCGCCUCGGUGCUCCACUCCGAAUCCGACCCUCUCGUCACCUCGCGCUUCGACGAUGUUGACUCCGUUGGUGCUGAUUUGCUUGAUCUGAUCCUGUUUUUGUACAUUCAAUCGUAUAAAAGGCUUUUGCCGCGCUUGCAUAAGGAUGCGGCUGCUGUUGCUGAUGUUUGGCCUUCCACCUCAGCAUUUGACGGUUACUUGUCGGCCCUUUCGCCUUUGCAGCUUGUUCGCUGCAACACCCGUCGGUUUUUGCCAUCACAGGCUGAUGAAGAGGCCCAUCAGCUGUCCUAUCUACAAAAGCACUUGGCUAAUAUUCUGUCUCUUUUGUCAGAGCCCGUGGAGGGGGAAGGUGAAGAGUCUCUGGUUAUAUCCAUGGAAGGGUUUGAGCACCUUGGGUUUCUGAUUCAGUUUGAAGAUAAGGGAUCUGAUGGAGAUUUCUUAAGCCAAGCAGCUCCCAUUUUUGCUAAUUCAGAUCCAGACAUGCCUGCUGUUCCUGUUCCAGCAUCACAAGUUCUUGGUUGGCUUCUGCAGAACAUAGCUUCCUCUUUGGAACAUGUUACUGAAAAGAAUCCUGCGAAAGAAAAUGGUCCUCCAAGUGGCUCUGAUCAGGAUGUUGUCAAAGCCUCACCAAGUGUAAGGAGUCCAUGUUUCAUUGAGGGGGUCUCUAAAUCAUCUUAUGUAAAGCAGGCAUCUGAUCUUAAAAAUUCUUCUCUGAAGGUUAUCAAUUGCCAUGAUUCAGUUAUUUACAUUCUUGCGCCUUUGAGAUAUGCCACCAUUUAUGGAUGCUCUGAUGCUACUAUAGUUCUUGGAGCUGUUGGCAAGGCAGUACGAGUCGAACACUGUGAAAGAGUUCAUGUGAUUAUAGCUGCAAAACGGGUCUGCAUUGCCAAUUGUCGUGAGUGUGUAUUCUUUUUGGGAGUGAAUCACCAUCCCCUUAUUGUUGGCGAUAACCACAAGCUACAGAAUUGGCUGUCUCACUCUCUUUGCCACUCCUGGGGACCUUUGGUCCUUUCAACUUCAGCCAAGUCAGCCAAACUCAGCACCCUAACUGGUGGUUGGUGCUGUUUGGCCCUGAAGUGCGCACCACCCUUUUUGUUUUCCUUCGACUUCUCCAUGGUGGCACCGUAUAAUACAUAUUAUUCUCGGUUGGAAGAGCACAUGACUGAAGUUGGCAUCGAGGCAACUAUCAAUAGAUGGGAUGAUACUUUGGAACUUGGGAUGAUUGAUCCGCACAAUUCACUAUCUCAUCCUGCAGGUGUUUCUGAUGCUCAAGCUGAGUCAGCUACACGACUAGAUCCUGAUCACUUCACAAAGUUUCUGAUUCCAAACUGGUUGGAAGGUGAAUCCACUGGGUCAACAAAGGAUAACCCAUUCCCCUUAACUGAUCCAUACUUGACAUCUCAACAGAAAAAUCAAAAUAAUUUAGGUGAGACAAAGCAAAUAUUGAGAGAAGCUCCCCUUGAAGAAAAUCUAAAAAGAGAAUUAUCAUGUGCUCUUCAUGUAUACUUCAGAGAUUGGUUAUACGCCUCGGGAAACAUUCGGCAGCUGUACUGCCAACAAAGUGACUGAUACUGGCAUCCGCAGGAUUAUAUUACGCAAUGGUACAUGAUUUAGAUGAGUGGAUGCGGUUUAUGGUUUUGUUUCUGUUUCUUCAACCCUUUUGCCAGUUCCCCAGGCUCAUCUCUUUUUGUCGUGGGUUCCCUUCAACACCCAACACUCAACAGGCAGCUGACAAAUGAGACACCCUUCCAAUUUGGAACGUCACAUAAAUUUUUAUGCAGGAUUGGCUCUGCUCUUUGCGCGUGCACCCCAGCACACCCAAAAAGAAAAAAAAAGCAAUCAGAUAUUACUCAUUUGCUAAUCUCUUUGUAAUAUUUUUGGACGGAAGAAAACAAUAAUAAUAAAUAGAAUCCUACUGUAACCUUUGUUAACCUAGGUCUUCACAGCAGUGUUAUGAAUUUAAAUACUCACUCUUUAUUCCAA